AUGUCUGCUGCUCGAAUUUACAUCGGUCGGCUGACCAGUCGCGUCUCGGAGAGCGACAUCGAGCACUUCUUCCGCGGAUACGGUCGUAUUCGCGACAUUCUACUCAAGAACGGAUUUGGAUUCGUUGUAAGUCGCAAAUUUUUGCAGAAAAUGCCAAAAAUAGCUAAAAUUCUCGCGAUUCAGGAGUUUGACGACAAGCGCGACGCUGAAGAUGCGGUAUACGAUUUGAACGGAAAAGAGUUGGGCGGCGAACGCGUCAUACUCGACUAUUCGAAGCCACGUGGCGGCGGAUUCGGAGGACGCGGCGGCGGGCGUGUCAGUACGUACGGAAGCGGAGGUGGUGGACGUGGAGGCGAUCGUGGUAGCGAUCGUGGGCCGCCGAGAAGAGAGAGGUAAGCGUUGUCAUCAGUUUCAGGGGCUCCGGAACUUUUUAAGGUUUUUUUAAAGAUUCUGAGAGCUUCUAGAAGUAUCAGCUGGCUUCAUAGGCUUCUAGGCACUUCAUAGGUCUUCAAAAACGUUGUACCCUGCUCUAGGGCCGGUUUCUGUAAACACUGCUUGAGUUUCACAUCUUUUAGCUCAAUUUCUCCCAGUUUCAGCCGCUACGGACGUCCGUACAGCACUCGUCAUCGUGUUCUCGUCGAGAACCUCUCGUCUCGCAUAUCGUGGCAGGUUAGUAACGGACGGGCGGGGAUAUAGGGGAAAAGCUGAUUGGUCGGAAGCCGCCGCCAAAAUUGCGAGUGCGAAAUGGACAGGAAAACGACUGUGCCUUUCCUAAUCUUGUCUCAUUUAAGCUUGUGGUAUGAGAAACUCUGGAGAGGAUUCUGAUGAUCAGGAUGUGAUGAUGAUGGUGGUUAUCCUGAGACUGAUGAUCAUUUCUUGAUGAUGAUGAUGACGGACGGAUGGUCGUUCUGGCGCGUAGUGUGUUGAUCGGCUCCUCCUCCUACUCGCGGGCGUGCUCUUCCUGCUUUGUGUUGAUCUGUGGUCCUCCUUCUCCUCCUCCUGUUCACACUUCUCGUACUCGGGUGGCGUUCGUUUUGAUGUUGCGUAGGGCAGCUGCGAAUCAACGCCGACGAUCGUUGCACUCGGUAAUCCAGACGACACAUCAAAUGCACCGUUAACAUUGAGAAUUUCUUAAUGAAAAGUGUAAAAUUUGGGUUUCAGGACCUCAAGGAUCAAGUCCGUCGUCAUGGAGUCGAGCCGACGUAUGCCGAGGCGCACAAGAAACCGAAUGAGGCGUGAGUUUCGAUUUUCAUAGUUUUCCCACUUUGUUUUUCGUUUUUCAGUCUUUUGUGCUUCGCCUCCACUUCGGACCUGAAACGAUGCAUCGAGAAGUGCGACGGGAUGGAUCUGAACGGUCGCAAGAUCAAGAUGCUCGACGACUCGCAAGCUGGAGGUGGUCGCUCGCACUCUCGCUCGGGAAGUCGCUCGCGCAGCCGUUCCCGCAGCCGUGACCGUCGUCGUUCUCGCUCCAGAAGCCAUUCGAGCCGUCGUUCGAGCAGAUCGAAGAGCCGCUCCAAGAGCCGUUCGAAGAGUCGUUCAAAGAGCCGCUCGCCGAAGCGCGUCAAGAGAGAGACCAAGUCGAGAUCUCGGUCCAACUCGAGAAGUCGCUCGCGUAGCGCCGACAGGUGAGACUCGUCGCAGGACAAUUAGACUUAUUUUGAUAGGAAAAUUUUCAGAAAGUCACGAACGGCGAGUCGAAGCCCGAAGAAGGAGUCUCCGUCGCCACGCCGUCGCACUCGUUCGCCUUCUGAAGCGGGCUCUGCGAAGCACUCGAGAAGCGCGUCGCCGAUGGAGCACGGAGAGGGCGACAAAUGA